CGAACUCAAUUGCGAAGAUUUCCCACUGAUCGAAUCAUUGAUUCCAAUCGCUUUCCAUCCUUCCACCCAAAUUGGACCACCACUGAAUAAAUCCCCCCACAGUCAUGCCUCACAGACUCCCCUCAGUGCUCAACCGCAAGCUCAAUCUCAACCUCUCCCGGUCCCUCCACCACCCCAUAUCCUACCGUCCCAUAUCAUCCACCAGCAUUAGCUCCACCCGCAAUUUCCACCCAUCCAGCAGCAGCAGCAGCAGCAGUAGCAGCAGCAGGACCCCAUUCCAGUCUGGCCGUGCAGCAACCCUUCCCCCCAACCCCACCACGAGAAUCGCGACCUACACAACCAGCACCAGCAGCAUCAGUCCAUCCGGCAAAUCAACCAGCGAUGUUAUCGUCGAAGAGCUUCAGGAUCUCUACGAAACCGCAAAAGACGAAUUUGAAAUCGCGACCGAAAGCACCGACAACGCCACGAUCUACGCUGCCUCAGAUCGGGCGUCCGCGCGCGACGCGCUGAACGAGCUGCUGGCGGUGUACACGCUGUACACGCGGGACGUGUCGCUGCUGGACGCGGCGGGACGAUCGGGCGUAGAAAAGCUGCUGGGGGCGGAGGCCGGGGAGGAGAUCACGAUUGACACCGGGUUGAAUCCGCAGGGGAUUGAGGAGGAGGCGCGGGCGGAGGUGAAGAGACGGGUGGGGCAGCGGGUGAGGGAGUUGAAGGGGGCGAUUGAGGCUUUGGAGGAGCGGGGAAAUGAAGAAUAA